UGUUUUGGGGUGUCAUGUUUGGCUAAGAGAGUGCGAUUGAGUAGUGUUUUUUUUUUUUAUAACUAAAAAUUCUGUGUCAUUAUUUGAAACUAAGAAUGGCUCUACCAAAUUCCUUGGAAGUUGAACUUGAAGUUAAAGCCUCCGCUGAUCACUUUUACGACACCUUGAAGGGUAAGAAACAACAUCGUGUUCAUGAUGUUGCAUCAGAUCAUAUUCAUAAGGUUGAAGUUCACGAAGGUGAGUGGGAGAAAUCUGGCACCGUCAAGCAAGUCACGUUUGCUGUGGGGGACACUGUUGAGACCUUGAAGGAGAGAGUAGAAUUUGAUGAUGAAAACAAGAAGAUAACCUAUUUCAUUUUGGAGGGUGAUAUGUUGAAGUACUACAAGAGCUACAAUGUCAUUCUUCUUGUCAUACCCAAAGGUGAGCACUGCCUGGUGAAGUGGUCUUUGUUUUAUGAGAAGGUGGAUGACACUGCUCCUGCACCAACCAAAUACAAAGAUUUGUUGGUUAAGCUCACUAGGAACAUCGAGACUCAUCUAGUCGAGGAAUAUUAAAAUUAUCCCAAAAUGGUCCUCUAAAUAAAAUUGUGUUGUGCUUGCCUGUGCCCUAAUGGUUAUCGACCAAAUGUUAUAAAUAAUGUUCAGUGGUGUGUGUUAUGUUAUAUAUUGUUGGUUUGUUUAAGAUUUUGGCAACCCUAGGGAGGGCCAAAUGCCUUGUAUAUCUAUGAUCUGUAAGCUUCAACUGGAUACUAAUUAAUUGAAGGUAAGGAGGAGCUAUCCUUGUUUGUGUCAAACAA